AUGAAGAAAAUGGAAACGAUCCUCCCAUUGUGGCUUCUGAUUAUGGGAUUCGUAUCGGCAGAAACGAUUCAUUUCACGAACUCCCUUAAGCAUUUGCAAACGACGAAGAAUUUUACCACGUACGAGGUAGAGGUUCCUGGAUCACGUCCUAUUACCAUAAUCGAAGCGAAUCCGGAAGACCCUCCGGAGUUGACUUCGAGACCCCCAGCUGUUGUUGGUCGAUAUCGGAACAAUGCCGCGGUUAGUGUUGAAGAUUUGAAAGGAUCGCGGAACAAGAAUGAUGGGGGUGACAAUGUGGCUGCAAUGGCGGGAGGAUCUUUGAAGAAAACUCUCUACUCGCCUGAUUUGUUGAACAAAUUUCUUCGCGAGUAUUCCGAGAAGCUAAAGAAUGCUGAUUCCAGCACUCGACAGAAGCUAAAUGAAAUUACGUUGAUAAAUACGAAAAAACCGUUGACAAACGACAGUGAUAAGAAGGUUGAAGACGAACAGGGAAAGGAAGAUGAGUUUAACUUUUCCGAUGUCGAUGAACGGAACAAUGGUAAUGGAAAGUGGUACGGUGACAAUCGCAAAGAUCAUCCCUGGAAUUCCAAGCAAGGGUGGGUUACGAUGGAAGCUGUUCCGUGGUCUGCUAGUAAAGUAUCAAAAUGGCAAAGCAACAAUUCGAACAAAAAGGGUGAUCAAAAUCGGGUUCAAAGCAAUUAUCACGGAACUCACUGGAACGACAAUGACACCGCAGAUAUGUAUGCGCGACCUAAACCAUUGCUGGGAUCAAUUGCUUCUCAAUCCAACAGUUAUUAUGGCCACAGUGAAGACGAUGAUUACAGUGAUACUCCUUAUUCUUCCGGAGGGCGUCCAACUUACUCGGAUGAAAAACUCUUCAAGCCCUCGCUCGAAUCAUUUUACAAUCGAAGGUAUCAGCCAGCAGAAGAUUACGAUCGUAAAUCAUACCAACCCCCAACCUCGGAAUCUCACGCCGGAGACACGUGGUACGAUCACGGUUUCAAAAAGCUGUACGAUAAUCAACAUCACAGGCCUGAUAUCAUAACCGACGGCCGAAUGCCACAAUUUCCUGCCUACGCACCACCCGUGCUGCGGCCAUCCCGUUUUCCCAGCGAUCGUAAUCACCCACAGUCCUAUCCGGAAAACGGAAACGGAGAAUGGAUCCUCAUCUCCACCACCAAAGGUUACCAAUACCCCAGAAGGCACGGCCAGCGAGCGAUCACAUUUUCGCCCAAUGCCGUUGCCCACAAAUCGGUCAAACUAACGGUGUUACCGAUGAAAAAUACCCAAGACAUGACCACAUCUCACAACGGUCUCAUCGAGGUCGCAUCAUCGACCCAAACCGUGGAACAGUCCUACAAAGAUCAGCAGAAGAAAACCAAACUUCAACCGGCCACCACUCAGGCACCACCGAUCCGGAAACGACGAGUACUUCCCCAAAUCUCGCUGAUGCGUCAGGAUGUUCCGGACAGUUCGGCAGUGCUGGCAGCGGUCGGUGCCGGUAUGGUUCCGGCGGCCCUGGCCGUUCUCGCUCCCAUGGUGCUGGGCCGACGACGAAGGGAAGCUGACACGGGGGCCGAAUUCCGACCACCCCUCGCUGCACCAACCCGCUUACAGUAG